AUGCAGACCAACGAGGAGGUUGUGAUUUACCGUCUCGCGACGGGGCCGCAGAAGCCCGUCAGUGAGCCCAAGCGGUUUGCAAUCCUGGUACUCGGCUCUUUCGGCUGCAUUGUGUGCUCCUUCAGCUAUGCGUGGAAUCUCAUCGCCGGCACGAUGCAGCAGCGGUACGACCUCUCGCAGCGUGACCUGAGCAUGAUUGUGACGGUGGGCCUCGUGGUACAGUUUGGCGUGCUCCCCUACGCCUUCCUGUACGACUUCCUGGGACCCAUACCAAUCAGCGUCAUCGGCACUGUGUACUUCCCGCUCGGCACUCUGCUGCUUGCGCUGUGCUUUAUGGGCAAGAUCGAGGGCAGCGUGGUGCGCCUCUCCGUGUUCAACGCCCUGAUGGCUUGCGGCUGCGCCAUGUUCGAUCUUGUGUGCUGCAUCACCGUCCUGUCUCACUUCCCGACAAACCGUGGCCCCGUGACAGCGCUGCUAAAGACGUUCACCGGUCUCGGCUCUGCGAUUGUUGCGUGCCUGUACGCCGGCUACUUCGACUCCGACGCCGAGAAGUACUUCUUCUUCCUGUUUUUUGCGGGCAUCGUUGUCGGCGUCCUGUGCAUUGUGUUCAUGCGGCUGCCCCCCUACCACCUGACGCAGUACGCGGAGCGGAGGUUGUCUGGUGAGGUGAAGGAGUGCCGCCUGGUGACGAAGGCGCAGUACCUGCGUCAGGAGGCACCGCUGCGCCGCUUCAUGUUGGGCCUGCUCAUUCUGGUUGUGCUCAUUGUCUUCGUGACGACGCAGAGUGCGCUGGUGAGCUACUUGAAGCUGGAUAAAGCCCCGAAGCUGGCGUUUGCGAUUGUGUCUACCAUCCUGGUGUUCUUGUAUGCCUUUGUGAUGGCCCCUUUACCGUUUCUGAACAGCAGCUACAUCCCGGUUUUCCAUCCGGUGCGCUCAAGGCAACCGCAAGCGGUAGGGGAGAGGAGUGAAGCGUUGCAGGAGGGGCGCCGGGCUGAAGGCACUGUGACGAGCAGCACCGACGACCCCAAGGAGGAGGACUCGAGUGAGGGGGUUCAAGGUUCGGAGGCCGCCGAGUGCACGCCUGACCAGGUGAUAGCAUCGGAGCCGACAGCCGCAGCUGCGAAGGGGUCGUUGGACAUGGAGUUGGACUACGUUGCACCGCAGUACCGGGGCGGCUUCAUCCACAACCUGACAACGCUGGAGCUGUGGGCUCUGUGGUGGACGUCGUUCGUCACGACUGGUGUGACGUUCGUGAUAAAUUUCAACUCUUCAUUUAUCUUUGUUGCGCUGCAGAGUGCACCGGUCAGCGAUUCGCUGCGGACCAUGCUGACGGUACUGAAUGGCGUGGGCAGCGCUGUGGGCCGGCUGCUGAUGUCUUUCUUCGAGGUCUGGUCGCAGAAGCGCAAGGCCGAGGACCGCGUGCCGAUCACCAUGGCAGUUUUUUUUUCCAGCAGCUGUGUCAUCACUAGCACCUUGCUGUUCCUCGUGCUGCCUGCGGCUGCGCUCCCGCUGCCGCACGUAAUAGCCGCCAUCGGCAGCGGCUUCUAUAACGGUGUCGCAAUUCUGGUGACGCGCACGAUCUUUGCGAAGGACCCCGCGAAGCACUACCACUUCUGCCUCAGUGCACCUAUGAUCAGCGCCGUCGUGUUCAACCGGUUUCUGUACGGCGAGUGGUACACGGCGCAGGCUGAGAAGCAGGCACGUGCAGAUAAGAUGUGCUACGGCAAGAAAUGCGUGCUGCUGCCGCUGUUGGUGAUGCUCGGGCUUGGGUGCAGCGCGCUCAUCACGGACGUGGUGCUGAAUCGUCGCUACCGCUCGUACUGCCGGAGGGCAUUGGAGGAGCGCGCGCGUCUGCGUGAGCGGGACGAGCUAGCUCAAAAGAUGGAGGCUAUCGCUGGCAGCGGCGCCAAGGACGGCCCGGACACCCACAAGGCUGCGGAUUGGAAGAGGAAGCAGCUCUGA